UGGAGCCUACAUAGCAAAUUCCAAAUAGCGAGAGAACGAACUGUCUUCUUUCUCCUUCUACAACUUUUCUAAUCCCCACCAUCCAUCCAAUUCAAAGCCCCCACUUCUUCCCUUGGAAUCAACUUUGAGUCCACCCAAAGCGAUUAGGAUUCUAAAAAUGAGUAGUUUUAUGUGUUUGUGAUUGUUUUGUACUGUUUUGGCAUUGAAUAUCUUGUCGUUUCUCCAAAGAUCUUGAUAUGGGUUUUUGAUUCUCUUCUUGUGUUCUCUGUUUUCCGUCACAGUUUCUUGUUUGGAGCUUGUGGGUUGUUCCCGAUUUUGUUCUUGUUUCUCAAUAUGACUAAUUUUUGUUUUUCUGGGUGGUCUUGGCCAAUUGGGUGUAAAUACUUGAUCUGGGUCUCUUUGGUCUAAAUCAUAUCGUACUAGCUUUAGUUGUAGGAGCUCGAUUUGCAGCUGUUCUAUAUAUAGUUCAAGUUGACUUGUGGGGCAUUCAUUUGUUCUCUUUGGGAAUUGACAUGUUUGGUUCUGGGAUGAAUUUGAUUACUACUAUUAUUGGGUUUGGAAUGAGUGCCACUUUCAUUGUGUUUGUUUGCACAAGGAUAAUCUGUAGAAGGCUUCGAGGGACUGAGUCACGGCCAGUAUUUGAGAUUGAUACCAGGAUCGAUCCUGUCCAGCCAGAGCAUCGAAUUAAUGGCCUUGAACCAGUUCUGGUUGCUGCAAUCCCCACAGUGAGAUACAACCAAGAAGCAUUCAGUUCCAUAGAAGAUGCACAGUGCUCCAUAUGUUUAGGGGAGUACCAAGAGGCAGAAGUACUGCGAAUUAUGCCCCAAUGCGGCCACAACUUCCACGUCUCAUGCAUCGACAUAUGGCUGAGAAAACAAUCCACGUGUCCAGUCUGUCGUUUCCCCUUACAACACUCUUUGGAAACUAAACGUGUGAGACAAGCAACAUUCAGUAUGGCUCAAUCUGCUGAUAGCCCCGACACUCCGAGUGAACAUUCUCGCCAAUGGUUGCUUCCUGGUUCUGAGCGCUCGCUAGGAAAUAUAAGCCGCGCGCGUGAAGUGCAUCUUGACGUUGUUCCUGGAAACACACAACCGAAUCCAAGAGAGACGGAAACAAGGCAAUAACCACAGAAGCAGAACAGCAUCUGUAUUUGCGUCCUACUACUGGUUCAUAAAGUUUGAGCCUUCAUGAUUUACUUGAAAGCUUAUGAGCCAUCGGCAUGUAGGAUCAGAUAUUUUGAACAUCUCAUCUGUACAUGAAACCGUCUUCUGUCUUUUUCUUAGCUUUGGCACUGAUAGAAGGCAGCCUCAUUUGUUGUGAUCAUUUGUAAGAACUUGAAAUGUUAAAAAAGAAAGCAUAAAUUAUAUCCCAUAUUUUAGAUAGACA